AUGCGAUUCUUGGGCCUCGUUUUACCUGUCCUCAACCUCUGUCUCGCAGCCCGCCAAAGCCCCCUACCGCCUCUCCAUGUUGAACCCUCGGGAGGGCGAACAUGGACUGCAGUUAGUCAUGGUCAACGACCGCGGCAACAUAUCCUGAACCCUCCUGCGUUGGUCUCUGUGGAGGAACACGACAUCAACUUUCCGCAUCGCCCGUUCCGGCCUGCCUCUGGCUUUAUUGCCCUUGGCGACUCCUACUCAGCGGGUAUAGGCACUGGGUUCAACGGAACAGAAAACAACUGCCGUCAAGGUCUGCAUGCUUAUCCGGUUCUGGUCCAUAGAGAUCUCAACCGCGCUCGUGGCCAUCAUGAUAAUGCAACGGAGAUGCAGUUUCUUUCCUGUACGGGCUCUACAAUUGGCGACAUGCUCGCGGGGUCCGACCAUAGCCAGAUCGAUGGCCUAAAUGCUACGACAGAUGCAGACUUUGCGCUUCUGUCCAUUGGUGGCAAUGAUCUUGGCUUCUUCAACAUCAUGAAUAGCUGCAUCUUUCGCUUUUAUAGCUUUUACUCAGGAACCUGCGAAGAUGCCUUACGCAAUUCUGAAGAAGCCCUUAACGGUCCCGAGUUUGAACAUGACCUUCGUUUGGCCAUUAUGGAAAUCCUCGACCGUGUACAGUGGGAGAAGAGGCCCUGGUUUACCAUUACGGUCUCGGGGUACGCUCGCUUCUUCAACGAGGAUACCGAGGACUGCGAUGAACGGUCCUUUGGAGUGUGGUGGCGCGGGCCCAAAUUGAAACGCAAACUUCGCCGCAGGAUGAACAAGAUGGUCCUUUCAGUAAACGACAAGAUUAGACGCUCAAUUUCUGCUAUAAACGCCGACUUCAUAGAACCCAGGGUCAUGUUUGUGGACUACGACGAUGCUUUCGAAGGGCAUCGUUUCUGCGAACGCAACGCUACUGAACCAGAUUAUUCCAGAAACGAAACAUGGUUUUUCCUUGUCGGAGGCAAAGACAACCACCAUGGCUUCCAAAGUCAACUGACAGGGUCCGACCAUAGCGAACUACUUCCCCGGAGCUCACCACUGAUAAAUCCAGAUACGUGUUUGAACCCUGCUGAGAAAUCAGGCGAUUGGGGUGAGUUGGCCUUAUGCUUGAUGGCCAAAGCUGCGAAAGAAGAUCCUUCCCUUCGAACUAGCCAAGGAGAAAUCAUUGCCCAAAACUCUAUGUGGCUGUGGAGUGGAAUGAGCCCAGACACUUAG